ACGUGUGGUGAACAUGGCGGCGCCCUUAUGGAGAGUCUGUCGGCCAUUAUUGAGAAUAAUAAAUGGAUCAGGGACAUUAAACUUAGGGGUACGACAUUUGUCUUCUUCUAAGAAUCAAUGUUGUGCGCAAAGUCUCAGAACUGCAUCUCCCUGGGAACUGCAUGGAGCUGUAUGUCUGCAGAGGCUGCCAGUGAUCUCUCAAGACAGGAACCCACUAGAGGAGAAGUUCAUGGAAUUAAUGCAUCAGAUGGAGUUAGAGAGAAGUCUGCUUUCAGACCAUGAGUUGAGACUCAUGGAGGAUGCAGCACGUAUGAGUCGGAAACAGGAAGAUGACUAUGAUUCAGAUGAGGAGGAGGAUUAUGGAGGCAAAGAAAUUGUUACAGCACAAGAUCUGGAGGAUACAUGGGAACAGCAACUGAAGCAGUUUCAACCUGCUCUGAGGUCCAAUGUUGUUGACAAGACAGAUGUGAGUUCUUCAGAGCGUUGUUUAGCAGACAGCCUGAUCUUGCUGGUGAAAAAGGAUAUUGGCAGUCAAAAGCUCUGGCUCUUGCCUCAGAUACAGUGGCAGACUGGUGAGACGCUUCGACAGACAGCCGAUCGUGCCCUUGCAAGUCUACCAGGUGCAGAUCUGAAGGCUACUGUCCUUGGCAAUGCACCCUGUGGAUUUUACAAAUACAAAUACCCGAAAGACAUUCAGAAGAAGGGCAAUGUUGGAGCCAAAGUGUUUUUCUUCAAAGCUGUGCUGUCCAGCCAUAAGCACUUACCCCUUGAGAAAAAUUCAUUUGCCUGGGUGAAAAAAGAUGAACUCCAGGACUUCCUGAAGCCAGAGUACCUGAAACAAGUCAACCGCUUCAUAAUGGGUCUGUAAUAUUUGAAGAAAUGGACAUGAUGGAAAAUAUGAUGGGAAUGGUCUGUGAGUGUAUGUUAUUUAGGACAUGGAUUCCAAGAUGUUGGACACUAGAACUUAUCAGAGAAUUACAACAAACAAAAUUUGUGUUGCUCCAAUUGUCACCCACAUUAUACAGUAUCAAUACUGAUUUGAUAAUUUUUAGCCCAGACAAUUUGUUGUCAGUCACUGUCUUUGUGUAUUUAUGUCUGUGGAUGGUAUGAUUUGAGUUUAUUGAUCUUGCCAUCACUAUGAAUAGAAACUGCUUUCUCAGCAAGUGUGUGCAAAAUUAAAAAGGGUCCAGUUGUUCACUUUGAGUGAUCUCAUCUUUUCAUGUAUUGGUUAGGAUGAAAUAUUUUGGGCAGGAUGAAAAUUAUAUUAUUUGUUUUACCCUGCAUAUUUUUUUCUAUUUUCCUCUUUAUUUUUUAUCUCCACUGUCCUAACAUUAAAACAUGGUAAAUGGUCUGCACUUAUAUAGCGCUUUUUUAUUAACCUUAGAGUUUACCAAAGCGCUUUACACUGUGUCCCAAUCACCCAUCCACACUCACAUUCACACACCAAGGCGCUAGCCUGCCAUUGGGAGCAACUUGGGGUUCAGUGUCUUGCCGUAAGGACACUUUGGCAUGAGGAGCCGUCCCACACGGAGCCGUGGAGGAGCAGUGUGAACCACCAACCCUGCGAUUGGUUGCCGACCCGCUCUACCAUCUGAGCCACAGCCAACAGGCCAACGAAGCACUUAAAAAAUUUCUAGCCAACAACCUUUUUAAAAUAUUUCCACUUGAGGGCAGUAGUUAGACAAAGAAUGGAGGAUAGAUCAUCCAGUGGGGAUUCCCCUCCCCACCUUUUAGAAGAAAAACACAAAACUAUCCUGAUGCUUUUGGACAGCAUAUUUCUGUCUUUUCCUAUUUAAAUGCUUUUUACUUAGGGUUCUCUUGCCUUUUAUGUCUUUCUCAGGUCAUUGACUUUUAUGCUGUGCUUGUGGAAAUGGGGAUUAGUAAUACUAUGAAUUAUUUAGGGCUCUUGAUUAUGUAGGUCUUGAAAAUUUGGCUGUAGACAGUCAUUUCAGUCAGUGUUUUGGGAUUUGGUGGAGAAAUUACUUAACUGGUAAAACUUAAAAGUCCUCAUAAAUUGUGCAGCUGUGGGCUCUACAGUUAUAAAACUGAUGACUUGUUUUGUGCAAAUGUGUGUUCUUGAGAAGGGAACAGGCCAGUUUUUUGUAAAGUUAUGAAACAGUGAGUGAA